UUUCUAUCCGUUUCGUUUGGUUGACUUUGAGUAUUUUUUGUAUAUAUAAGAACACGUUAUUGUAAUCCCACUAAAUUGGGAGUUACACAAUUUUAAACAGCAUAUUUUCCUUUGACAGAGUGAAGACAGGGCGGCUUGAAAGGUGGAGUUCAACACUUCGGAGUAACCCGAGCACCUUGCUAACUAGUAACGUUAACGUAGUAGUCUAACGUUAGUUCCAGAGGGGAGCCGAUCCAACGAAACCAUGGGGAACCGGGGGAUGGAAGAUUUGAUCCCCCUUAUCAACAAACUUCAGGACGCUUUCAGUUCCAUCGGCCAGAGUUGUAACUUGGACCUACCGCAAAUUGCUGUGGUCGGUGGGCAGAGUGCUGGAAAAAGCUCGGUCUUGGAAAAUUUCGUUGGCAGGGAUUUUCUUCCUCGAGGAUCAGGCAUUGUCACCCGUAGACCUCUGAUCCUGCAGCUGUGCUUUAACAAAGCCGAGUAUGCAGAGUUCCUACACUGUAAAGGGAGGAAGUUUGUGGACUUUGAGGAGGUCCGGGCGGAGAUCGAGGCGGAGACAGACAGGAUCACAGGCUCCAACAAGGGCAUCUCCCCCAUCCCCAUCAACCUCCGGGUCUACUCCCCUAACGUGCUAAACCUGACUCUGAUUGACCUGCCGGGGAUGACUAAGGUGGCAGUGGGGGACCAGCCGCUGGACAUAGAGCACCAGAUCAGGGACAUGCUGCUGCAGUUCAUCACCAAGGAGAGCUGCCUCAUCCUGGCCGUCACCCCCGCCAACCAGGACCUGGCAAACUCAGACGCCCUCAAGAUCGCCAAGGAGGUGGACCCACAGGGUCUGCGCACUAUUGGCGUGAUCACAAAGCUGGACCUGAUGGACGAAGGGACGGAUGCUAAAGACAUCCUGGAGAACAAACUGCUACCUCUGCGUAGAGGUUAUAUCGGCGUGGUGAACCGCAGUCAGAAGGACAUAGACGGCAGGAAGGACAUCCGCGCUGCGCUGGCUGCUGAGAGGAAGUUCUUCCUGUCUCACCCGGGCUACAGACACAUGGCCGAGCGCAUGGGCACCCCACACCUGCAGAAACAACUAAACCAGCAACUGACCAACCACAUCAGGGACACUCUGCCUGGGCUGCGCAGUAAGCUGCAGAGCCAGGUGCUCUCCCUGGAGAAAGAGGUGGAGGAGUACAAGAACUUCCGUCCCGACGACCCCACACGCAAGACCAAGGCCCUGCUGCAGAUGGUGCAGCAGUUUGGGGUGGACUUUGAGAAGCGUAUCGAGGGCUCUGGGGACCAGGUGGACACAGCGGAGCUGUCGGGCGGUGCCAAAAUCAAUCGGAUCUUCCAUGAGCGCUUCCCCUUCGAGCUGGUCAAGAUUGUGUUUGAUGAGAAGGAGUUGAGGAGGGAGAUCAGUCAUGCCAUCAAGAAUGUCCAUGGUGUCAGAACGGGCCUGUUCACUCCCGACCUGGCGUUUGAGGCCAUUGUGAAAAAGCAGAUCAUUAAGCUGAAAGAGCCCUGUAUCAAAUGUAUCGACCUUGUCAUUCAGGAGCUCAUCAACACAGUCAGGCAGUGCACCAACAAGCUGGGUUCCUACCCCCGGCUGAGAGAGGAGACCGAGAGGAUCGUCACCACCUACGUCAGAGAGAGAGAGGGCAAGACCAAGGACCAGGUGAUGCUGCUGAUUGACAUUGAGCUGUCCUACAUCAACACCAACCACGAGGACUUUAUAGGCUUCGCCAAUGCCCAGCAGAGAAAUACACAUCAGAACAAGAAGAGGGCCAUUCCAAACCAGGGUGAGAUUCUGGGACUGAGAGAGGGCGAGCAGGAGAAGGUGAUCCGCAAAGGCUGGCUCACCAUCAACAUCAGCAUCAUGAAGGGAGGCUCCAAGGAGUACUGGUUCAUCCUGACCGCAGAGUCACUAUCCUGGUACAAGGAUGAGGAGGAGAAAGAGAAGAAGUACAUGCUUCCCCUAGAUAACCUCAAGCUGAGGGAUGUGGAGAAAGGCUUCAUGUCCACCAAACACGUAUUUGGCGUCUUCAACACUGAAUCCAGGAAUGUGUAUAAGGACCUGCGUCAGAUUGAGCUGGCCUGUGGCACCCAGGAGGACGUGGACAGUUGGAAAGCCUCCUUUCUGAGGGCUGGGGUCUACCCUGAGAAGGACCAGGUGGACACUGAGGAUACGGCCCCGUCAGAAACCUUCUCCAUGGACCCCCAGCUGGAGAGGCAGGUGGAGACCAUCCGUAACCUGGUGGACUCCUACAUUGGCAUCGUCAACAAGUCCAUCAGGGACCUCAUGCCCAAGACCAUCAUGCACCUCAUGAUCAACAGCGCUAAGGACUUCAUCCACUCAGAGCUGCUGGCCUACCUGUACUCGUCAGGUGACCAAAACAGCCUGAUGGAGGAGUCAGCUGACCAGGCGCAGCGCCGCGACGAGAUGCUCCGCAUGUACCACGCCCUCAAGGAGGCACUGCACAUCAUCGGUGACAUCACCACCACCACCGUGACGGUCCCCGUGCCGCCGCCCGUCAACGACAGCUGGAUGCAGGAGGCCAGUCCUACCCCCCAGCGCCGCCCCCCGGCCGCAGCAGCCCCUCCCCCAAGCCGUCCUCCUGCAGUGAGUGGCCCAAGGCCGGGACCACCCCUCAACCCCUCCCCAGCAUUUGGGGGGCCCCCCAUCCCCUCUCGCCCAGGCCCGCCUCCCAUUAACGCCUUUGGCAGCAACAACCAUCAGGACCCUUUCAGUGCCCCCCCACUGAUCCCCUCUCGGCCCGCUCGCAUCCCCCCUGGCGUGCCCAGCCGAAGACCCCCUGGCGCUCCUCACCGGCCCACCAUAAUCCGCCCUGCCGAGCCCUCCCUGCUAGACUAGACUACCCAGUAGAACCAGCCAGGCUCACCUGUGUGUGUGUGAGACUAUGUGUGUACUGAGGCCAGAGGGGAGGGCUAGAGAGCAGGGGAGGAGGGGGCCCCUAUACAGUAUCUAUGCACAUUGAUAUAUGCUAUUUCAACCAGACUUAUCUAAUGUAGUCGACUCAAACUGUUCUCUGUUAUAAGCUGCUAACCCUCCCUUAGUCUCCUACACAUGUGGGCUCUCUCUGGUCUCCACAUUCUAAAGAAGCAAAGGAACCAUAACCACUUGAAUCUUCAGAAUCAGAAGAUAUAUAAUUACACUGUUUUGGAUAUUGUACCAUAUGUAUCAAAAGAUUCAUAAAGACUUAAUCGCUCACCUUUGACCAGCAGGGUGCAGUCACGGCAUCAGAUGUGGAUGGUUACAUGGAAGUGACGUGCCCCUAAGUGACCUAUUUUCUGUGGUAACAGAAUUGUUAAUUUCCUCUCUGAAAAUGUGGACUGCAGAAUAGUCCACAACCUUUCUAAACGUAAAAGGCUAGCUACCCUCCCUCCAUCUUUAGACGUGCCCUCACCUCGUGCUCUACACCCUACACCUCUGUGUAAUAUACACAGACAUCCUGUUCAUUGUUUUGUGGUUUUUCUAACUUGAUUUCAUACUGGAAAAUAGUUAUUGUUAUUACGACUACGGUGGUGUUGAUGAAUACUUUCUUGUUAUUUUAUUUGAGUGACUUGUCUGUUUUAAUGCCCCCUAAAUGUAGCUUUAAAACCAGUCUCAAAUCACAGCAAAAGGAGGCGUAAAAAGACAAUUUAGCAGUGCAGGGCUACAUAUGAGGCUGAGAGCAGCCUUGUAAAAUGUGCCCGUUAUUGGAAUGUCCUGCCACCGUUGAGAAAAUGUCAUCUAGAUUGACCACUUGAAGCACUUCUGUGUACAUCCAGUGGUAGUGUUGAGGUUGUCAUUACUUUAAGACUAUUCACAAUAAACAGAGAGUUGUCAGCACUUUGAGAUGAUUUCUCCACGCAUCCUUAAGUAUAGAAUUAUCCCAGGACCUUAAGUCAACCUCACUGAGGCCUUAACCAACCUUCAUUCAAAGUCCCAUUCAGGACAGGGACAGGUAAAGGGGAGAGUACAGUAGGUUCUCCUGGAGGAGGGUGGGGAGGCGGGAAGGGGGAGCUAUGUGGUUAGAGCUGGAGAGAUGGUGGUUUAGGACCGAAACUUCUUCCUGUCACAAUUCAAUGGUCAUUUGUCUUUAUGGACGAGAGACCCUCCCGGUGUCUUGGAAACACUGUUGUACGUAGCUGAUGGACAGUCAGUACAGACACACAGAUGGUGAUGUCUCCAGUUUUAAAAAGAAUGGAUGGAGAAUGAUGUUUAAUGGUGUUCAUUGAAAACCAAACAUUUUAAUGUGUAGUAAUCGUUAUACUAAUUGAAGCACUAACACACAGCCGUUAUAUUGACUUGGCUUGGGAUGUAGGGAAACGUUGAGAUUUGUGAUCUCCAGAUCGCAUUAAUUCAUUAUUUAUAACCCUGGGCAUUUGUCAUGUAUCGUUUUGAUAGAAAUAAUGUCCGCUGUAUACUGCACCUGCAGCCUACUACUCCCCCUCUGGAAGACUGAACGUCUUUCUGCUAGUGAGUUCCACUACAGGGUUCUAGUUGCAAUAACUGUUGCCACGGGGAGGGUUUAAAUAGGAGUGAAGCUGGGAUUCUGUACUGAUGAAUAUCAUUUGAUUCCUCUGAUGGUAAUUUGAUCAUUGAUUUUGGGAGUGGGAUGGGGAGGAGUUUGGAGGGUGAGUGACAAAUGGACUACAUUGAUGUUUUGAUUUGGUGAUAAAUAUUGAGGGUGAGCAGGGGGUGGGAGUUCAACUUUUGUUGCUCUUUCUGGUGUACAUACACAUCCUGCCUGGAGAACCUGUCCAAACUAUAUAGAGCUCAGUCCAAUACCUUGUACCCCUUACAGAUUGUGGUACAGAUAGAGGGUGAAUUUGGUAGGAACUGUCUAAAACCAUAUUUUCUGGGCAGAAUGUGCUUUUCUUCCCAUACAUUUCCCAUCAGGUCUGUCUACAGUGACCGUGCUGCUAGUGGGUGUCUGACUCUGAUCUCAGCUAACUCCAAGUAAAGCCUCUGGGAAAUGGAGUCUAUCCAUGCUCCAAAAGGUUUCAAUCUCUUGACCAAGUAUAGAACCCCUACUAGGAAGAGAUUUGGCCUUACAUUUAUGCUGUCACUCUCUGAUGUUGAAGAGUCUUAAGGGACUCGAAAACGUCCCCUUCUUAUGAAAGUGUCCCUGUCACCUGACGGUACCGGUCACUGUAGCCUGUCCCCUACACCCCAUCUCCUGAUCUGUAAAGUGUAAGAUGUUGGUGACUACCUUUUCUCCAUAAUGGAUGCCCCCCCCCCCCACUCACUCAUGCUCUGCAUCUUUCAUCUUGUGGGUGGGGGAACUGACCUGCAUCAAUCUUUCUUUAGUUUUUGCAAAGCCUUGUCAAGUGCCUCUAGUAAUUUCCUGGAUUUGAAUAAACAAAUGAACCCAUUUGGAACAUGAGCGCUAAUAAAGAGGUGUUGUGUACAAUAAAGAGACUGGUGGUUGGUG